UAGUGUUGUCAUGCCACAUAUGGGUGAGAUAAAAAGCCCGUAUUUCACACAAUAGAAAUUAUAAUUAUAAAACAAUAAUUUAGCGCGACUUUUUUAAAAAUAAACAAACUUUCAAAGAGAAUAUAACUCCUACAAACUUUAUUUACGCAUAAUUUCAUACGUACCGUAGGUGAUUGUACCUACUGAAAUUAAAAUGGAGUCAUCUGUGGAGAAACAAAUUCAAAGAAUUAAAAUGCAUGAACAAGAUAAUGAAAUUAAAUUACGGGAAAAGCGUGAAUUGAAUAAUGCGAUAGUUUCUACCAACCGAGGCAUACGUGACAGCUUGGCCCACUUGGGUAAAUUGUGCAAGGAAUAUCAGUACCUGAUCACCACUACCGAUAAGCUUGUUCAUCAAGUGGCUGUGGAGAAAUUGCGACUUACUGCGCUUACUACAGAAGUACAUAAUUAUGUUAAAGAAUUAAAAGAACUUCAUAAUAUAUCUAAUGAUGGCGUUUGGUCUGUUUGGAAUAAUCGUUCAGAAUUGCUUAUGAGGAUCGAGGAUAUUGCAAACAAAUGCGACAUUUGGCCAUUGCUCAUCAAACCCUCACACAAAGAAAUAUUUCCAGACAUUAAACCUCAUAAAAAUAUAGAAAAAAGUUUACUUGAUACAGACAAAUUGAGAAAAGCUUUAGAAAGACGUAGAAAAGCACAAGAGAAACGUAACUACUUGUUAUCAGAACCAGAGCUAGGAGAAGAAUUUAUUAGAAUAAAAAAUGCUCUACAAUACUCGAUGGAAGUAGCUGCUAACGCAAUGGAGCAUCGUGCGGAAUUGAACCAUCUCAACUAGGUACCUAUUAAGUUCUUCCUCCGAUAAAUAAAAUUAGUUACGCAAUUCUUACGGCCCGUUCACGACUUCGGUCUAGGCCAGCCGUCGGCAAAGCGAUGCCCGCGAAUGCUUUGUAAAUAUAAUAGCAUAACACACACUUUUAAACCUGAAUUUCAGUUGUGAAUCAUAGAAAAAAUAACUGCCUCAUUGGUCGAGUGAUCACAAGUGCGACUGCCGGACAAAGGGUCUCGGGUUUGAUUUCCGGGCCGGGCAAAGAAUUACUAGGCUUUUAUGGUUUUUUCAAAAUUUGUCAGUAGUAGCACGGAGUCUGGAGUAGUGCCCAGUACAUGGCAAUAGAUAGGCUCACCCCGUAUUACAUCGUGUAAAGUGGGUGUACGUUGUAUAGCAGCAUUACGUACCGUAAUGUGCAACUCUACCUACCACUUUGGGGAUAAAAGGCGUGACGUUGAUAAAUACGUUUCUUGUCUCACGAUGAGCAUUUGACUAUUUGAGAGCCAUUCCACAGGCCAUUCUACAAAUAACAACUACAAAUAUGAUAGCUAACAUACAAAAAAUAGCCGCGGACCUUCGCUAGCACUGCGAACACCACCCGAAGGACACGGUGGAGCAUACGUUGCCCUGCAUGGGCUUGUACUCAAGUAUGUGGUUGGCGAUGGUGACCUUUCACGUCCGGCAUUGGUUCAAG